ACCCUCGCUCGAUAAGUCGUCGCCCUUCAUUAAGAACUAUCUAUUUGCGUCUUCGAUAGAUCGCAUCCACACUCUCUAAACCGGCCGUGCCGAUCAUAUAACUACCAGCUUACACCUCGAUAUUUCGUGCGUCGUUGCUUUCACUCCUCAGUGAUCAACUCCCCGAACAUCAAUCCACACUCAUUACAAAGUCGACUGCCGACGAUCCAAAACACCGGGUUACCUUCGAUCCUUACUCAAACAGUCACUUUCAGGAACUUCAGUCAAGAUGAUCGCCAACAAGCUCACCAUUGUCACUGCCGCCGCCGCUCUUCUUGAGCCGGCUCUUGCCCUCGGCCACCGCCACGGCCACCAGCACAAGCGUGGUGACACCGUCGUUGCCACCAUUGACGGUCAGGUCGUCUCUUGGGAGAACAACUACUACGGUCCCGGCGGCGCUGCUCCCGCUGCUACUCAGGUUGCUUCCAAGCCCGAGGCUCCUGCUGCUCCCGCCCCUGCUCCCGCCCAGCCUACCACCAUCAUCAAGGUCGCCAAGCCCUCCCAGGCCGCCAAGGCUGCCUACGAGGCUCCCAAGGCCAAGGAGUCCAAGGAGGCCGCUGCUCCCAAGAAGGCCGAGAAGGUCGAACAGGUUAAGCAGGUCAAGGCUGCCAGCGCCCCCAAGAAGACCAAGCCCAGCUCCGGUGGUUCUUCUGGCUCUGCCGGUCUUUCCCACAAGCGAGGUGUCUGCUACAACAAUGUCGACCUCGCUAACACUUUCUACAAAGACUGCUCCAACUGUGGCUGGGGUUACAACUGGGACUCCGAGUCCGGCGGUCUUGACAGUGGCCUGAACUUCAUCCCCACUCUCUGGUCUGACGAUGCCGUCCACGUCGACCGCUUCGCCUCCAACUGCGCUAAGUCCCUUGCCAACGGCGCCAAGGCCAUCUUCUCCUUCAACGAGCCCGACAACGGUGGCCAGGCUCACAUGACCCCUGAGGCCGCUGCCGCUGCUCACAUCAAGUAUCUCAACCCUUACGCUGGCAAGGCCCUCAUUGGUGCUCCUUCCAUCAGCAACAGUGGUCUCGCUGGGGAGGGUCGCGAGUGGCUCUCCGCUUUCGUCGAGGCCUGUGGUGACAAGUGCCACUUCGAUUUCUGCAACAUCCACUGGUACUCCGAGGUUGAGUACGGUGAGACCCUCUUCGAGCACAUCGAGAAGUCCUCCGAGAUCUGUGGUGGCAAGCCCAUCUGGCUCACCGAGUUCGCCCCCAAGGGCUCUGACGACGCCAUUGCUUCUUGGCUCGAGGAGACCAUCCCUCGUCUUGAGGCUCUCGACACCCUUGAUGCUUACUCCUACUUCAAGGUCGAGACUGGUAUGCUCAUGACCACCGAGACUGAGAUGUCCAGCUACGGUAGCGUCUACGCCUCCGCUUAAGCUUCUCAAAGCUUGACGGCCGGCGAUGCCACCAGUUCUUUUUAACAUUUCUUGUACACUCGCUAGGGGAAUACCCAACAACUGUUCAAAUUGGCUUUUUUAUCGGAAGGAGGGGAGGAUAGAUUUUCAUGGCGCCCGUUGACUUCUGUACAUAUUCUGCAUCUAGGUGACCUGGAUCUGGCUUUUUACCACACCGUUUAACCCAGUAUCCCCCCGUUUAUUCUAUAACGGUCAUCCUACCUACCUUUUUAUUACCAGUUCCGGGACCUCGCACUCAUACAAAAAAGGGGGCUUUGCAAAUAGACACAAUUUCCUGAUUUUAGCAGUUUGAUAGACCACCACCUACUUUUUAGCGCGCAGAUACAUCUACGAGCUACGAUGACAAUGAACAGCGAUUUAACUGCUCCAA